AUUUAAGCCCUGCCUUCCCCCCACCCCCAUGUAUUUCCUGAGGUUUACUAAUUACAGCUAAUUUUCCUUUUCACAAUUCACUUUUAGGAGAAGGCUCCGUUAGCUGGCUCCAAGAGCAAGUAGCAGGCCUAUUCAAGAUGGGCAGAGGAGGGAGAGGGUCGCAUGUUGGGGCUGGGGCUGGGUGCAGGCGGUUGGGCGACUUCGAGAGGGGAACUAGCGGAGAGACUGCAGUGACACUGCCCUCCCCGGGCGGGUUGAAGCAUCUCACUGGUGACGGGUCUGAAAGCACGUGGCUACGUCAUGGAAAGCCAGUCUUUUCAAUGCAAACUUCAACUCCUCCUCCUCCUCCCUCUAAUGCCUGUAACUCACAUCCGAGGCUGGGCGAGGAAUCCGGAGGGGAGAUUUUCCUCAUGCUCACCGUUGUUGGAAACUGGGAGAGUGAGAGGAAGGAGGCAGGGGAUCUGUGGCGCUCUCUACCUACUACCGGCCUGACCAGGGGAGGGGGCACCUAAAUUUGCAUCUUUUCUUCGUGGUGAUUGAGAACUGCAGGUUCAAUCCGAUCCCACUGAGCACUGGCGAUUGAUUUUUUUUUUUUUUAAAUCGACACUGGGAGAAGGGAGGCUCUGUCUUCGGCUGUCAGACUCGGAGGUGGCAUUGGUGUGUGAGUGUGUGUGCUGGUGGAUUUUUCUUUUCUUUUCUUUUUUUUCUUUUUUUCUUUCUUUCUUUUCCCUUUUUUUUUUCUCCUUCUCUCCUAGGGACUACACAAUGGCAGUCCUCUCUCAGUGAGAUGAAUCCUGCUUUGCCUUCUGCAGACCCACCCAUCCUCAUAGCCAGCAAGUAAAAGGCUAUGAUUUUCUCUCUGGGGAUCUUUUGUGCAUUACUGCUCUCCCUGAUUAGUUCUGGUCUCAGUUGGGAUUUCUUUGCCUUUUUGUUUGGCUUCAUGCUGGAAAAGGAUUUUUUUGCCAACCAUUUGGUAAUAAUCCAGUGGUGAUCGAGGGGAUAAAUCAUUCACCCUGGCCGAAAAAAAACAAUCACUGAGAAGUCUCAAAGAAAUAUACCACGUGAGGGGAAAACACUGGGAGAAGAUCCGGAAUAUUAUCGUUUUUCCUAUGGUAAAACCGGUGCCCCUCUUCAGGAGAACUGAUUUCAAAUUAUUAUUAUGCAACCACAAGGAUCUCUUUUUUCUCAGGGUGUCUAAGCUGCUGGAUUGCUUUUCGCCCAAAUCAAUGUGGUUUCUUUGGAACAUUUUCAGCAAAGGAACGCAUAUGCUGCAGUGUCUUUGUGGCAAGAGUCUUAAGAAAAACAAGAACCCAACUGAUCCCCAGCUCAAGGGUAUAGUGACCAGGUUAUAUUGCAGGCAAGGCUACUACUUGCAAAUGCACCCGGAUGGAGCUCUCGAUGGGACCAAGGACGACAGCACCAAUUCUACACUGUUCAACCUCAUACCCGUGGGCCUGCGCGUCGUCGCCAUCCAGGGCGUGAAGACAGGGUUGUACAUAGCCAUGAAUGGAGAAGGUUACCUCUACCCGUCAGAACUUUUUACCCCUGAAUGCAAGUUCAAAGAAUCUGUUUUUGAAAACUAUUAUGUAAUCUACUCAUCUAUGCUGUACAGACAACAGGAAUCUGGUAGAGCCUGGUUUUUGGGAUUGAAUAAGGAAGGGCAGGUUAUGAAAGGAAACAGAGUAAAGAAAACCAAACCAGCAGCCCAUUUUCUACCGAAGCCAUUGGAAGUCGCCAUGUACCGAGAACCAUCUUUGCAUGACGUGGGAGAAACGGUCCCGAAGGCCGGGGUGACGCCGAGCAAAAGCACAAGCGCGUCCGCAAUCAUGAAUGGAGGCAAACCAGUCAACAAAAGUAAGACGACAUAGCCAGAUCCCCACAGGUGUUGUGACUCACUCGCCCGAGCACCGUUGAGCGAUUUAUCCUGGCCGGACAUUCCUGCUCCCGGGCCGAGGAGCAGCGGGAGGGAAGCGAAAGCUUGCUCUGCGCUGCCUCGAACUUCCUGGUCGCCAGCGGAUAAAUCUCAUCUCAACGGGUUGCGCCCCCACAGCCAGAAGACACCUGGAUAACCAGCUCAACUCAGACCAUGGAAUGCCCUACCAGAUAUGGAAUGCCUUUUUACUCUCUUUUCUGUGACUGUGGCACUUCAUGUGAAUGACACACUUCACAAGUACACUCGAUACCUUGCCUGCUGACAGCUACCCAUUAUCCUUUUCGAGUCCUGUUUCAGCGAAAUCCAUGUGUUUAAGUUCAAUUUUUGUAGCACACAGAUACUCUGGAGUAAUUUCUAGUUAGAUGCUGUAAACCUGUGCUGUUCUGGAUUUCUCUUCUCCCCGUUUUUACAGGGCUGCUGGCUCCACUGUCCGUGACCUUUGGCAGGGAUUGUGUUCCUCUAAAUAGUGACGGUUGCCGUGGGCUUAGUUCGGAGAGCGAUCAGGGCAUCAGAAGGCCUUCUAAACCUAUAAUGACAAAUUGCAUCUAUAAAGAUUAGGAGCGUUGACUCCGGCUCACACGAUCAAUUAAACACACAUAUACGCCCUGCCCACCAGCAGACACUGUGCUGCGGUGGCCGGCGCGGCCGGGGUGAGAAGCGGGGUCAAACGCAGUCAUGGGACGCCCUCUCUGAUCUGGGUUUGACAUCCCCCUCUAGUUUCUUUGUGUGUGUGUGUGUUUUCUACAUAUCACAAGCUUACUGGUAAUGGUAACAUUUGCCUUGCCCAGCGAGCAAGACCCACUGGUUUUUGAGAAAGUGGGUCCAAAGAACUCUGUAGGCCUUGUAGGCCUGAUUAAGGUUCAUUUUUCAUCUACGAAUCCUCAUUAUUUGGGAAAAAAAAAGAAAAGAAAAAUCCGUAAUUACAACCUACAAGAAUUGCGCUACCUAAAUCCACUUCAGAUCGAAUCCCUCCCGUUUCUAACGAGCCGCGCUGAAUGCCGCCCCGGUUGUGGCUGCGUUCCUCCCUCACUCAGCAGAGCAUGAGCAAGGCCGCUGUUGUGUUCUUUUCUGCAGCAGCAAUGCAAACGGUAGUUAUAAAUUAGACUUUAAUAUUUUUGGUGUUUAACGACAAGUUUUUAAACUCGACAUAUUAGAAACAAAAGGUAUUUUUUUUAGCCCAGCAUGCUGAGUCAGGUACUUGUCUCCACCGGUCCAUGCCUCUAACUCAGCUUCCCGGGCCACGCGGUCCCAAGGCGGAGUCAGAGGUGCCUUGCCAUGAUCUCAGAAUGCAGUCUGUUGAAUUAUUCUAGAUAAAAAUAAAGGCAAACCAACACGUUCACACGGCAGGUUUUCAGUCCAUCCAAGGUUUUUGGUUUUGGUUUUGGUUUUUGCCGUUGUUUUCUUUUGCUUUCUUACCUUCCUUUUGAAUUGAAUAGCUGAACGCUGAGCUUAGGGAGGACCCCUAAUUACUGGAAGGCCAGUCAGGCAAUAGUUGACCACACAGUGAAGAAACUCUGCAAAAUGCGCAAUAUUGGAUACCAAGAGUUUCAAAAUGUUUCAUACUAAACUGUUUGGAAAUGUAUUUGUUAACUCUGUGUAUACUUAAUAAAUUUCAAUGUUUUCUCCUCAGAAGAGUUAACUGAGACCAAACUGAACCUCAAUUUAUAGAAAACUAUGCGGGAUCCAUGUACUGGCCUCUUGUCAUUAUUUCCACGUGGAAGGGUGACCCAGUCGCCGUUUUCUCCCAUCUGCACUGUAUCUACUGGGAAAUUAUUUUGCCUCCGCUUUUCUGAGUCUCCAUGACAGCCCUUGCCCAGCAUUUUAAAAUUUUGGCCUGCUUAGCUGAUUAAAGAUUUAGUAUCAAUUUAACUGUUCAUGCUUAUUUCAUUUUCAUAUCGAAUUCUACUUUAAUAAAUAAAAAGUUAGCGUAACAUUUGAGUAGCUUUGUUGUCAAUACUACUAACGUACAAAUACAACAAAGGGUUCUUUUGAUCACUCCUAGUUUCCCCUUACACCUUUUAAACCUGAUUGUUCUUAAAAGGAUAAGUUAAAAUACAUUAGAGGCAUUGCAUUAAGCAAUUGUUUAGGGAAGACUUAUAUUCCAUAACAUGUGGCAAACUAUGAGUAACUUAACUUGAGAUUCCAAUUAAAUGGAAUUACAGACACUGCUUACCCCAGCGUGCGUGUGCACGCGCACGCGCGCACACACACACACACACACACACACACAAUCAAACAACCCCACCUAUAUGUUUUUGGUAAUAGCCCAACUUGCUGGUUUCUUUUUCCCCUGCAAGCUUGUUUAUUGGUUGAAAUUAUGACAUGAUUUAUUUUUGUAAGUGACUGAGAUUUCAGUAGAUGUGUACCUCUGUUUUGUUUUUUACAUGAGUUGUCUCUAAGGGCAUUUAUCCCUAUGAAUGGAUGUCAAAAUGCUUUCUUCUAAUAUAUGUUUAGACGUACUGAAGAGGGGUCCUUGUUAUUUGUAAUUUAGUUAGAUCACUUCCUCUGUGUCUGGUCUGACUUGUUGCAGGACAAGGGCAGCACUGAUGAACUGCAUGUUGUAGGACCUGUUUAUCAAGACCCGUUGGUGUGUAUCACUCAAUCUACAUACAAAGAGUUUGUCUGCGUUGUACAGUUUCUGUGUUUGAUAUCGUUUGUUGUAUUCAUAAAUACAACAUAUUGAAUAAAAUAUUUAUAUGAAGGCAUAUUCAGAAACAUCGAACAACUUUAUGUAACGAAAUGGCAUUGCAUCACCCACAAAUACAGAGAAGUGUCAUGUAAAUAAGUUGGUAAACUCAAUUUCCCCCUUUACCAUGCCAAAGAAAAUUUUAGCUCUUUGAUGAUACCUCUCUUGCUAAUUUUUCCGGGAUGAGACUCCCCCACUGUCCCUCUCAAAAAUUGCUGUUGUUAAGUAAGUGCAAUCUGUCGCUGUUGGUGUUCUGUACAGUCAACCUGAUGGAAUUCAUUUGUAUUUACCGACCACCACGUGUUUUGUACUUCCAUGUACAUAUGUCAGUUGUACUGAGUCUCUCUAAUCUCACAUUCCUUUUGCAUGCGUAUCUGCUGUGGGAGGGUUAUUUCUAGUGAUUUGUUAUGGUAGCUGAUUUCUUCACCCGUUCCUCAGCCAUGCUCCAGAGCAUCAUUGUUUUGAUAUUUCUAGUGACACCAUUUUAAUUUCUUAUAAGUUUGCUUUCUAAAAUAUUUUGCUACAACUUUACUUGGAAAAAUUAUAGAAAAGAUGCAAGUGGUCCAGCCUAUAUAAAGAGUAAACUGUAACUGACAUCAUUUCACUGCAGAUCUUGGAGAAUUUAGAGAUUCUUGCUCUAAAUAUUCUCUUGAUCUGAGUGUUCUGGGGUAGGGGUUGGCUUCAGGAGCUCCAAGAUGGGCCCACAAGACUCCUGGGGCCGUCCUAAUUGUUUGCCUCUUGGAAAAUAAGAAGAGUUUCUUUGUCACACCUGGCCAGAUGCUUAAUGAAUGCCUAAGGCACUAAAGCAAGUUGGAUGUUUUCAGGAUGACAAGUAUCAGAUUUGGUUCUUUUUUUUAAAAAACAAAAUGACAAAAAAAUUCAUGGUUUUUAAGUUAGACGUGUAUCACUUCAUUUAAAGUUUUCUCUCUAAUAUUAGAGGGAAAAUUAAAAUUUGAGAGACCAGAUUGACUAAGAAAGCCAUUUUAGAAAGAAUUGACAAUAAUUAAAGAUGAUUUUCAAUGUUGUUUCAGAAGAAAACUAUAUCCAGGGAAAGCUGUUGAACUAAAUGUAGGUGCAUCAAACUCCAGGUGUGAACUGGGCUACUUUGGAGUAAAAUACAUUCCAUAGCGAAGCUUCCUUAGCUUACACAAUGGCACGUAGGGCCUGUUGACUCUCUUGAAUACUGAAUAGGGUUUCAAAGGUUUGAUCGUGAGUCUACAAAUAAACGUUGAGCUAUGUUUUGCUUUUGUUUUUUCUUGUUUUGUUUUGUUUUGUUUUUUCUGUCAUGUGGUCCAGUUCCCCAUGUUGUGUUUGCAUCUGCAGGGCGGAGGCCAUUCCUUAAGAUGUGCUGUAGGACUCGAGAUUAGCUCAGAGUCCAGGGAGACAAUGGGAUACAGUGAUUCUCCUCUUAGGUCUCACGAUGUUAGUAGCAUCUUACUGAAAAGUCCUUAUGGAAGAAUUCCUCAGUGAUGGUUUGCCAAGCAUGCAGGGUUAGUGUCAACCCCAUCUGCAAACUUGCUGCAUCCUUCCCAGUUGACACCAAUCCCACCGUAACUUCCAACCAACUUGAACAAGCCAUACUAUCCCUGUGCCUAUUAUAUA